AUGUCUGGAAACAACGCUCGUCUCAACAUUUUCCCUACGCGAAUGGCUCUCACCAACAUGAAGCUCAAGCUGAAAGGAGCUCAAACUGGCCACUCUCUCUUGAAGAGAAAGUCAGAAGCUUUGACUAAACGUUUCAGAGGUAUCACAGUCAAGAUUGACGAGCUCAAGCGCAAGAUGGGUCAAGUUAUGCAACUUGCUUCUUUCUCUCUCGCUGAAGUUCAAUAUAUUACUGGUGAUAUCAGUUAUCAGAUUCAAGAAUCCUCAAAGUCUGCUCAACUGCGUGUUCGUGCCAAGCAAGAAAACGUAUCUGGUGUCAUGCUUCCUGCCUUUGAAAUGUACAAUGAAGGUGGCAAUGCUUUUGAAUUCACUGGUCUCGGCCGUGGUGGACAACAGAUUCAAAGAGCCAAAGAGGUUUAUACCAAAGCUGUUGAGACGCUAGUCGAGCUUGCCAGUUUGCAGACUGCCUUCGUCAUCUUGGAUGAAGUUAUCAAGGCCACUAACCGCCGUGUCAACGCCAUUGAACAUGUCAUCAUUCCUCGCUACGAAAAUACCAUCAAAUAUAUCAUUUCUGAAUUGGAUGAGCAAGACAGAGAAGAAUUCUUUAGAUUGAAGAAGGUUCAAGGUAAGAAGAAGGAGCGUGCUGCUGCUGAAGAUGCUGUCAGAGCCAAGGAAGCAGCCGAUGCCGAGUUGGUCGGUCAAGAGACACCAACACUUCAAACAGCUAAUGAAACUGGACAGCUUGAUAUCUUGGAUCAUGAAGAUGAGGAUCUUAUUUUCUAG